GCUUGUGUGUGUUUCAGGCGAUCUCUCAGGAUAAUGCCUAACCGUGUGAAGGUUGCUGGGGUUGCAGCAAUCGCUGGCUUUGUCAUGGCAGUUAUUUUUCUUAACAGCUCGUUUUUCCUGUCUGCCAACACAUACUACAUUAACAGUCAGUCGCCGCCAGGUGCGGCAGACAGGAGCGCUGCUGACGUGGAGGGGAAAAGUAGGAUCAGUGACGAGAGAAAGUCUCUUUCUGCGGAGUCGGCAAAGGACAGUCGCGGGAAACCCACGUGGAGCGACGAGGAUGUCCUCCUGUCACGUGGUGAGAAGGAAUGGCAAAAGCUGACUUGCGGACCGUCAAAACUCUUCCGCCCGAUUAGUUUGUCCACAGACAUCGGGAACCUGACUUUCUACGGCUUUCUGUCUGCCAAGUACGACCAGACAGUGACCGCACGUGCGCUGAAGGGCUGGAUGUUUGAGAAAAAAGAAAUCGAGAGUUUUCUAACUCUGUCACGUGACUUGCCCCUCAUCGACGUGGGCGCCAAUGUCGGGCUGGUGGCGCUGCAAGCCGCUCUGCAGAAGAGGACCGUGGUGGCCAUCGAGCCCAUCGCCGCCAACGCGCUCCGCCUUUGUCGAUCUGUUCUCGACUUCGGACACGCCGGCCUGGUGCACGUCAUCCAGAACGCCGUGUCGUCACGCGAGGGACACGUCACUCUGGCCACUCAGGCCGCCAACACCAGCACACUGUUCACGGUCAACGAAGCAGGCAGACAGUUCACACACGACCUGACCCUGGCCUACGCCAUCAAACUGGAUCGCAUCUUGGAGAUGUUACCCUUCCGACGGGCAGCACUCAAGAUAGACGUGGAGAGUCACGAGGGCCACGUGCUGGCGGGGUCACGUGAUCUGUUUAAAACGGUGGACGUGCCGCUGGUGUGGAUGGAGUGGCAGCACGUCAAGGGCCGCGCGACCUUUGGGGGUCAGUUUGUCGUCGACUUCAUGACUGCCCGCAACUUCCGCCCGCACCACGUCAUCUCCGGGAAACUUCUGGAAGGCGACUUCAUGUCCUGGCCCUUCACCGUGCUGUGGAAACGCGAUGAACGAGCAGCAGUUUGAUGUUAAUCUUUGACAGUGUGAGAUAUAUGCCUGACUUCUGUAAGGAUUAUUUUCAAAAGAUCAGCAAAGUAAUCAGUUUUUUAAUAUUCAUAACUUUAAUAAUUAUUUCAGAUAUGCACACUAAAUACUGGUUUACAUAAAGAUAUCGACAACAUAAAAGAUGCGUACGCUCCCUAUAGAAUUUUUAUAAUUUUUUAAAAAAUUGCUACAUCGAUAUAAUAGGCUGUUUUAGGUGUUUGUUAAAGGAUGUUUGUUUGCUACAAACAUUCAUCACCAAACAGGUUUAAUCUUUUUUUAAGAGGCUACCUGAGUUUAAAGAAAAGAUUGUACUUAUUUACUUAUGCGUGAUGGAUGUGACCUUCUAACAACUACAUUUAAAACACAAUUUUUCCUCAAAGAAUAGUCGUGUGGACUUUUAUUUCUGAUCUCGGUUGUAUUAAUACUCAAAAUAAGCCAGUCAUCACAUCGAGCACAGUAUAACUGAUUAAUGCUGAACAACAUCGAAAAAAUGAGAAAAACCUCUUGAUAGAAAAUGUUGUCAUUGUCUUGUUUAGAAAGACUGCAAAGAGCGGAGGGACCAUCUUAUGUUUCCACAGGACCUCAGCUAGGUGUCUGUUGCUUGGAGACAAGUUUCUAGAAUGUAUCCUAGCGGCUGGAAUUUUCCCCUAGUGGAGAUGUAACCUCGUAGUUGCCCAGAAAACUUCCCCCAGUCUCAUUAUUCACUAUUCUAAUGGCAGCCCGUCCCCCUUCAAAAGACAAGCAGGGUGAAACAUUUUUUCUGCAUGGUCGCGUUCACUUUAUUUAAAAAUAAUAAAUCCCAAAAUAUGAGAACAUAAUUAUGAUUGAAUUUUAAGAUAUAAGCCUUCAAACGUGGACAUUCUCACCUGCCAGUAGAAAAACAGAAAACAGUCAUGAGCUCUACCAUAGGUCAUCCUCCCUGUCAUGUUUUACCAUUAGCCUACUUCCAAGGGGGACAACCCAUGUUUCUUGAAGUAAUCAAGGGCGAUAAUGCAUGUCGCUAAUGUGUUGUGAUUGAUUUCAGUGGAGUCCCGUCGCCCCGCAGGUUUGAGGGAGGCGGUAAUCCGCAAAUUUUUUUCAUUAUUUUAUGUAUUUAGUUUGGUGCGUGUUGUGUUUGCCGGUGGUUUUUUUUCCUCCGCUGCAUCUUCGCUGUGCAGGACUGUUUAACUUUUUGGUUUUUUUUUUGGCGACUUUCGGAUUUUCCGCUGGCUUUCCAAGCUGUUAGACGAACUCAGGGCCGUGGAGAGCCAGUAAGGGCCCCGGGGCAGGCAAGUUGCUAAAACAUGGAGCUGGUCAAGUUGAUGGAUGGAAGAGUGACAAGAGACUAAAGACAGACACAAGUCAAGUCAGUAACAAAUGUUGUGCAUCUUCCCAAUCUCGUCAGUUGGCUGAUCAUCCACCAGCAGGUCAGUUGUACCAUGAAUCUGUAGCCACCUGUACACGUACGUGGUCGUACAUCUACUCCUCACUGACAGAAAACAAAGUGAAGGUCCCUCGUCAUCAUCAUCAUCAUCAUCAUCA